ACUUCCUGUUGCACGGCUGGAGUACUGGAGGUAGAUUAUUAGUCCCUUCCGGUGUUGUUUAUUAACAAAAGUUCCCCGAAGAAGACGCGUACGAGCUGAAGUGAGGGCGGCGGUGUCUUUUUUUUUUUCAAACAGUUUGACGGCAAACAACAUUCGACGAAGGGGACACUAAGCUAACAAUUAGCGGAGAGCGGCUACCUCGGUGCGUCUUCUCGCUGUAUGUGCGGUAACAACAUGUCGGCUCCUCUACCUGCCAUCGUGCCUGCCGCCCGCAAAGCCACCGCCGCGGUGAUCUUCCUGCAUGGCCUCGGUGACACCGGACAUGGAUGGGCUGAAGCCUUCGCUGGCAUCAAGUCAGCACACGUCAAGUACAUUUGCCCCCACGCUCCCAACAUGCCAGUGUCCUUGAACAUGAGAAUGUCCAUGCCUUCCUGGUUUGACAUUUACGGCUUGAGUCCGGAAGCAGAGGAAGAUGAAGCUGGUAUUAAGAGAGCGUCAGACAACCUUAAAGCCCUGAUAGACCAGGAAGUGAAGAACGGGAUUCCCUCCCACAGAAUCCUCCUGGGUGGAUUCUCGCAGGGCGGGGCCUUGUCCUUGUACACCGCUCUGACCACGCAGCAGAAGCUGGCGGGAGUGGUGGCGCUCAGCUGCUGGCUUCCUCUGCGCAAUUCUUUCCCUCAGGCGUGCGGCGGCAGCGCUAACAAGGACAUGCACGUCCUCCAGUGCCAUGGCGACGCCGACCCGCUCGUGCCCUUCUCGUUUGGGAGCCGCACCGCCGAGAAGAUGAAGAGCCUCAUCAACCCGGCCAACGUCACCUUCAAGUCGUACCGCGGUCUACCUCACAGCGCCUGUCCCGAGGAAAUGGUGGACGUCAAGCGCUUCAUCGAGAAGCUGCUCCCCGCCAUCAGCGAGGAAUAAGUUGUCUCUUCGGCUUUCACCAGGACUACGAUCAGCUUGACAGCUAAAAAAAAAAAAAAAAGACAAAAAAAAAAAUCACGCCGCUUCUGCCGUCCCUUUUGAGAGGCAAACAGGAGCGCUUGAUGUUGACGCCGAGGAGCAGCGACACGUCCCGCCAUGGAGCCAUGCGAUCGUCAGUGUUACGGUAGAGUGACGUUAGUUGCUUGAUUGUUGAUGCCGAACGCCAUUUUCCCCGCAGCACACGUUUCUACAGGAGUAAUUAGGGCUAAUGUUUUGUUUUUUUCAAUGAUGUAUACGUGUAGUGUUGCUUAAGCCAGAGGUGUCCAAAGUGCGGCCCGUGGCUAAUUUUUUCCACAAUCAUUAGCAUUCUAAUAUUAGCAUGCUAGCGUUUUUUGCAAAUUUUUCAGGUAUACACCUCAGCAUCAAAUAUUUUUUUACUUGACGAAUGAUACCUGUUAGCAUGCUAAUAUUAGUAUGCUCGCUAAUUUUGUAGGUGUACACCUCCAGUCAUAUUUUGGUAUUUGAUGCAUGCUAACGUUAGCAUGCUAGCAUUUAAAACAGAUUUUUCAGGUACACACCUCAUUAAUAUAUUUUGGUACUCAACACAGGCUUACAUUUGCAUGCUAGCUUUUUUUAACGAAUUAAGCAGGUAAGUAUGUUGGCAUUUCAGUAAUAUUAUUGUUAUUAUGGUACUGUUAGCAUGCUGUUUUUUGUUGUUGUUUUUUUUAAAUCAUUUUCCAAUAACACCAGCCAAAACAUAUAACCGAUGAAAAACAAAACACUCACACACAUUCACACAUCCAAUAAGAGACGCAUACAUGAACACGAGAAAUUCCAAAAUGAAAAAUUUAAAUAAUGAAAAAAUUAUAUGAUAAAAAUAAUAUAAUAACAAAUUAUAGAUUGAUGAAGACGAAAAUAUAACAACAAAAACAUUAAAAAAAAAAAAAAAAUUCAUGCUUUUUUUUCAGCUAAUUUUGCAGGUCAAAUAUUUUGAUGUUUCACUAAUGCUAAGUGCAAGCAUGUUAUUGUUAGCAUUUUAGCAUAGGACUGUUAAAAUGCUUGCUUUUUUUAGAUCAUUUUGCUCAUAUUUUUUGUUAGUUGUUACUUUGCUUAUUGUGAGCAUUUCAGUCAGGCUUUGGCUCUUCAGCAUUCACACAAAACUUUUACCGAAAUUGCAUUUUCUCGUUCUUUGAAAACAAUCUACAUAUUGUACUGGUUUUAUGGGUGAAUACCAGCAAAAUGGCCCUAGCGUCCGCAAAAGUUUGGGCACCCCUGGCUUAAACUGAUUUGUUACGACUCAAAAAGAUGUUUCUCACAUCACUGAUUGUCUUAUUUACUUCUUGCUGUUAUUAAUAAUCCCCUUUUGGGUCCCCAAAACAAAGCUUGUAGGAGAGUGAACACCAGGGGAGGAAUAAAAAAAAAAACAGGUGUUUGCACGACUAACUUGAUAUAUUUAACUCCUCCUGUUGUCAUGAAAAUACAUCUUUUCAAAGCGAA